UUGAGGACACUUUUUUAAUUCACUCAAAGAGAGGAGUGGACCCUCUUGUUGUGUAGACUCUUUGGUGUACAUAACGACUUUAACAUAAGUUUUAAGGAACAGAGUCCCGAGCAGUGGUGUAAAAUUGGUGUGCUGUGAGAUGUGGCAUGCAAUUCUGAAAUAGUUUGAUAUUGAUAUUUGACCACUUCGAUACUAUACCGUUAAACGGCAUUUUAAAAACAUUUCCUCAUUUCUGAUUUACGCCGAUUUUCAGUAUGUUAUAGAGGAAGGUUUUCUGGUUCUAAUUGCACCAAAACCAUCUUUGUUGAAUUUGUUUUACCCCCAUAGUGAAAUGCACAGCAAAGUUAUUUUUGUUCUAUUAAUGUUGUUGCCUGUAGUUGUGCAUAAAUAACGGAGAACUUGAUUGAAUCCUAACUUUGUGUUUUGUUGUCAUUGCAGAUAACGCUAGUUCUCCUCCUGGCUGUGAUUGGCGGAAGUGACGCACGAUGGUACCUGACGACCUCGCACCCGCACGUCGUAUUGGACGUCACGACUGAUGUGGCCUUGACCUGUAAAUAUGCUUCUGGGUACUAUGACUUUUCCCAAAUCUCCAGGAUCCGGAUCCUAAAAAAUGACGCCGGGAGUCACUGGGAGUUGGUUGCAGAAGUUCGAGACACAUCUCCCGACGUCCCAACUUCCAAUACCGGUCUGAAGGUCAGCGGUCAUGUCGGAUCAGAAUGGGACAGUUUUCUGGAAAUAUCCUGGCCUACAGCAGAGAUGAAUACGUUAGGCAGAUAUAAGUGCGAAGUUAUGGGUUUCGAUUCUAAUUCUAUAGCCGUCGUUCGAGCUACUUCUAGCCAACUCAUGGUAGAAGACACAGUCAACGCAACGCAAGUUUUGCAUCUCCUGCUGAGAGAGCAGGCCGAACUCCAGCAUGAGAUCACUGAGCAGAGAGACAACUGUACCAACACAAUAAAUCGACUCGAGAGUGUCAUCCUUGACUUGGAAAAUCGGGUCUCGCGACUGGAGGAGUUGCAAAAUGGGACGUGGCCAAAAGGGCUUUACGGACUUCUUUCUCCAAAUACAGGUUGCCCGAACAAUGGCAUUGACUUUUGGCGAACAGGCCAAUUUAAAAUGCACACAGAGUCGUCAAAUAGCUCCAAUUUCAAUAGUGUGUCGACUCCAAAUAACCUUGCCCAGCCCAUCUUUGAAAGCUCCAACUCAAGCUUAUUCAUGAACCAACAUUUCUGUGUAAGGGAAAAUAUCGGAAUCUGGUCGGAUUGGCCCCGAGGUACCUACUGUAUAAACAAACACGCCUCUAGGUCAUGCCCCGAUGAUUUUUCUUCUGGGUACAUCCAGUUCGAUGACGAAGACAGCUCUAGAGCUACCCAAACAAGAGGAACUGUUCCAGAGAUUGUUGAAUCUGGCAGUUAUUAUCGUAUUUCCUACUGCUGCAGAUCAGACUCACCAACUGGAGUCGCAAUCUCUCUACCCACGGAGGAUCCUUUCUACUUGUACCGUUACAAAGGGACAUGUCAAAGGGUUUUAGGGAUGACAGUAUCAGAGCAGUAUAUGUACUUUGACACAGAGGACGAUAGUAAUGGAGACCGGUAUGAAAACCAGAUCCACCCGGAUGGCAAGGCCAACCAUAAUGUUCGUAUCGAGUUAUGUUACUACAGGUGAUUCCAAUACAAAAGAAAGAGUCGGAAAGCUUUUUAAGAAACACAACGACAUGGGUAUGCAACAUUUCGAAACUAUGAACUACAACAAAGUGAAAAACAGAAGAAGCGAAUUUUUGUGCAAACAAAUGGCUUAUGGGAGAUGCUUACUGAGCAAUAACUUAAUAUAAAAAAUCCUGCCGUGUUAGAGUUAGAGAACGCCACAGUAAACAUACAUGUCAUUCAUUAAUUUCCUGAGCUUUAGAUCUAAAUUGCAAGAAGCUAAAUUCCUAGAAAUGUCCUUCAGUAUCAUGUUCUGUGUCUGUUUUCGUUAAUGUUGCUCGCACUUGCGUGGAUCGCUUGGUUUUCGUUUUAUUUCAGGGGGCGGGCAGGGAAGGAUUAACCAACACGUUUCAGCUAUUUCAGACAUAAAAUGUAAUGGUUUUCUUCAAAACUUCAACGACUUUGAAUUGUAAUUCGAAAACUGCUCCUAUCCAAAUGAUAUAUUUUCUGAACAGUAUUACAGUGGAGUCCACUUUUAACGAGUCCUGAAAUAACGAGGAGUCUGUUGUAAAGACACUCUUCUGAAACCUCGUUGUUGUUUUUUUCUUCUUAAUAUUUGUAAAUGAAAUAUUCCUAUAGCGCAAUCAAACACGCGAGUCGAAAUAUUGCUGCUGCUGUUCUCAGAGCAUAGGCCAAUACAUGUAAAACCUAGCCAGUUGAGAAACUUGUUGAUGAUCUAACGACAAUGAACACCAGAGCGAAUGAGCUUCUCCGAAGCGGGGAUGGAGAGGUCACAGUGCUGUAAAAAAGAAAUAAAAAGAAUACCAAACUCAUAGAUUAGGCCUAAUUUGUUAUUACCCUUGGAUUUAUUACUGGAUCCCUUAUAACGUGAAUUCUUCUAUAACGGAUUUUUCGCACGGGACACCUCCCUAUCGUUAGUUAUAGCAGAAUUCCGCUGUAUUCAAAUUUCGUUUGAACUGUUAUAGCGUCAGUAUCUUCCUGCUAGAUCCCAGGGGUAGUCGUCGACUGAUGGUUCUUCAUCCUGCACUGCAUCUUAUUUUUAUAUGUAUGCUACCGUUUUCCCAUUCUUAGUAGGGCCCCUUGCGUUGAGACAUCCAUAUUCCGAUUUCUAGGGUACGCUGUGUGAUUUUGAGAAUUAAAUUUCUGUUUUGAUAGGAACUCCUUUUGAACUUUUUGCCAGUGGCGACGGAAACCUUAUCUUGUCGAUUUCAGGACCACCAAGGGAUCUUUAAUGUGCACAAUUAUCACACGGAAUCGUCGACAUUUUUCAUCCUUAUCUAAUAUUGCGUCCAACUCAUCAGAAGGAUAAAGACAAACAAAGAGAAGUGAACUACACGGAUGAAACAUUUGACAGAAUUGACAGGUUCGGUUGACUAAAAGUUACGACGUGGGGUCGAAAUCUGAAAACGCUGUGUCCACUUCUCGUCUUCUUGAAAGGCUUUAAUUCUGUUUUAUCUUUUAAGUUUGAUUCAGUCUAUAGAGUUUUGUGUUUCUCGAUUUUUUAAAGCAUUUUGUUGCACAAUGUUUUUAGUCGAACAAUUUUCAGCCUUAUUUAAAUUUUAAAAUUCAAUGCUAAUGUUGUUAGUCUGCAAUCAUUAUUUUUUUUUAAUUUCGAUCCUCAUAUAGUUAGCAUUCCCUUGGGACAUAUUAGGUUCAUACAUUAGGGUAAAUCGUCAUUUUGCGAGUUUCAAGCUGUUAAAAAGACACCGCCCCCCAAAAAAAGAAAAGAAAAAAAAAAUCAAAAGAAAAAACAGGAACUAAAUCCUCCAAAAAUAAAAUAAAAAUCAGAGUUUCACAAUCAAAAUUGAAUGUGUAUCUGUCUCCAAAAGUUCAGAAAAUAAACCUUCAUAACAGGACUCAUCUAUGUGUAACUUCUACUUAUUUUGCUUUAUAACAUUCUUCUGCGUCGCCUUCUGUCUGAAUCAGAUAUU